GUGAUAUAUAAGAUUGGUUGUAAAAAGCUCUGCACAUGCGCAGUUUUAGAGAAUUUCCGUCCAAUAAGACGAUGAUUUAAAACCAAGCUAUGUUAUUUCAUUUCAAUGUUUCAGAUGUUUCGGAUAUUAGGGAUUUUUCUAGAAGAUGCUUCCGCAACUCAUCGGCCCACGAUAAAUGAUGGAUGCUGUACCUUGACAAAAUUAUCCCGUUUCCAUAACCAGAGAAUAUGGAUAGCAAAGGAACAAGAUUGAGCACGUUAAACGCCAGUUGAUUUUUUAAAUUCAAUUGACGGAGAGGGAGAAACAGAGACAAUCGAGACGAGUUUAAUUUGAAUUGAAGCGGUACUGUCUGUAAGCUUUUACCAUGGUGCUUUUCAACGAGAUUCAAGUUACUCCGUGUAAAUCAGUAUGGCAGAGCAUCAUAUCUAAAGGCAUGGAUGAUAUAAAAAGUGAAACGGGUGUGACGAUAGAUGUUCAUAAAAAAACAUUGACUGGAAAUUACUACCAAAUAAAAUGUGCAGGAAGUUACAUAGCAAAGAAGAAUCACACAAAAAGUAAAAGCAAGCUAUAUGAGACUGUUGAUGCUUACAUUGACCCAAGUGUUGAAAAAUUGGAAGAAUUCUUAAAGAUAGAAGCUCUUGCAGUAAAGAGAAAAGCAAAUGGUUUGAAGAUGGUUCAAAGACCUUGGUCUCAUAUAGAAUCGAUAUGGAAAGCAUUCAACGAGUUUCAAUCCUCAAACAAUCUUCCUCAUCGUGAAGAGUUAAGCCGUGCUGAAGGAGAAACUGUAUAUCCAGAAAAGCCACAAUUUGGAAGCAUUGUUGAUAGUGCAGGGCAAGUGCAAGGCAGUAAGACGAACAUAGCGGAACUAAAUGAGAAAUCGUCAUACCCAUCCUUUGUUGAGUGCAAAGAAAGCGAGUUUCUAGAUAAGAUUAAAACACAAGAGGAUAAGAUUAAAACACAAGAGGAUAAGAUUAAAACACUAGAGGAUACGAUUAAAACACAAGAGAACAAAAUUAUUAAACUUGAGAAACGAAAUGCAAUUCUGGAACGACUUGAUCAGUCGGGGAACAAUCGACUGGAAGCAUUUGGAAGAGAGAUCCAUGGGGCAAAUCAGCGGGGACAUCGGGGAGACGGGGAAUCGAAUCCUUUAAAAUAUGAACAUAUCGAACACGAGGCAAAUUGCAUCGAUGCCAAACAUGGACAUAACAUAGAAAUUCAGACUAGCCACAGAGGACUUUGUAAGACAUGCGCAUGGGAUGUCCAAAGUUAUGAUACCAGAGUUAGUUCGAAACGAAGUUCUAGAUUCUAUUCGGAGAACGACACAGAAUCAUUUCAUUCAGUCGACAGACGGAAAAGAGACAGCCAGACUCAGGAUGCUAUGAGCAAUAAUCUUAGUCAAUGUUCUAGCAUUGACUCCAAGAACGACCACUUUGACAUUGCCCAGGGCACUCCCCGUACUCCUGAUAACUCGCAAGAGCAUUUCGAAAACCAUGGUGAAGAAGAAAACAAUAAACAAACUGGUACUAGUGUAAAAGCACAACCUGACUUGAAACCUAAAGAACUCAUUGAGGAUAACUGUGAGAUAUCGGGGCUAGAUCCAUCUUGCAAUACCGACUCAGACAUUGCUAACAUUGGGACUCUAAGCCAUAAGAUUUUUUCUGGUUUUAAACGAGCGAGUUCGCUCACAGAAUCAGCAGAGACAGAUAUUUCUGACGAUGAUCAAACGUUUUCGCUUCCAAUGUUUACGCACGUUUGGGACUAUAUUCUAAAACGUAAGGAUGAUGAGUUGGUUAAAAUACAGAGCGAAAACAAUGUCAAGUUCACAAAGAAAAAGAGUUCGGACCAAGAGGUCUUUAUCACUGUAAAUCAAGGUCUAGAGCAUAGACGGCGGGGGAGAGAAAAGGGACUGGAUGAUUUGAAAAAAUUACAUGACGAGAUUUCGCCUAACAUCGUUCGUAAAACAAUCGAGAUAGAUGCUGAGAAGAUUCAAAAUAAAAAUCUAGAAUCAAUUGUACAAAGUGCAAAAAACACGGAUGUCUUAUAUCAUAUCGAUGGGCCCGUGAUUCAGGCAAUUGGUGUAAAACAAGAUGCGACCAAGGCAAUUUUUGAUAUUAAAAAGAUUCUUGGAAUAAAGGUAAAAACACGAGACGAGAAAGAUAUGAAUAUUCUACAAGAAUUGUCUGAUAUACCGACAUCCCGAAAAUUGAAUCAACAUAAAACGCUGAAAUUCAAAACUGAUGAGGGAAUCGAUGUCUCGGUUUACCAGGGAGAUAUAACAAGUGAAGACGCUGAUGUUAUAGUUAACGCCGCUAACGAAAAACUUAAACAUGGGGGAGGGGUAGCUCUAGCGAUUUCAGAAGCGGGGGGACCAGACAUCCAGCGAGAUUGUGAUGAUAUAAUAAGACGUUCCUCAAAGCCACUGACUGUGACUGAUGUGGUUUUCACCAAAGUAGGAAAGGAAUCUAGACUUAAGUGCAAGUACAUCCUUCACGCCAUAGGCCCUCGUUGGAAGAAUUACCGAGACAAGUCGAAUUGUGAACGUCACUUGGUUGAAACAUUUUACAACAGCUUUAGUAAGGCAAGCUUGGAGAUAAAAGCAAUAUCUAUUGCGAUACCUGCAAUAAGUUCCGGUAUAUUUGGGGUGCCACAAGACAUUUGUGUAAGGAGCAUGUAUGUAGCACUGAUGGAAUUCAGCAAAAAAGAGGGACGAUCAACAACAAUGAAGGACAUACGGUUUGUCAAUAUUCUCGAGGACAUGACAACUGCAGUUGUGACUGAAUUCAGGCGGUUUCGAGAAGAUAAAGAUUAUAGCCCUGAGACACUAACUGAUAUGUUGCAAUAUACUGGCAGUGAAGUUACGUCGCCGAAUGGACCUUAUUCCAAGGUCAAAAACUAUUGCAAUCAAUGUGACGACGGAACGCUUGGAAUUAUACAAAUGAGUUGCGGGCAUUGGUACUGCUCUGCCUGUAAAAAGUACUUCGCAAAUGAUUAUGCAGUGAAGCAGUGCUUAAAAUGCAUCAAUGCCCCUACACUAGAUCGUCAGUCAUCGGAUAUCGAGAAGUGUAUCAUAUGCCAUGGCACAAUAUGUAAACGGGAAGAAUUGAACUGCGGUCAUGCAUUCUGUGGCGAAUGCAUCACGAAGUGGAUGAAAUCCAAACCUCAAUGUCCCGUGUGCGGAUGCUUUUUCGGAAAGAUUAAAGGAAAUCAGCCGAAGAGGGGAACUAUGAAGACGAGUACUGACCAACAGAAGCGCAUCCCUGGUUACGAAGGAUGCGGUGUAAUAACGAUAAAUUACAGCAUCCCCAGUGGUAACCAAGGGGAGUGUCACCCAAAUCCAGGGAGGUCAUACGCGGGGACAAACAGGAAAGCAUACUUGCCAGAUAACAAGGAAGGAAAUGAAAUAUUGGAUCUACUAAAAGAAGCAUUUGAUGCUCGUUUGAUUUUUACUAUAGGGCAGUCGAGCACGAACAACCGUGAAGGUAUAACAUGGAAUGAUAUACAUCACAAGACGAGAAUAGACGGAGGACCGGAGAACUAUGGCUAUCCAGACCUAGGAUACUUAUCAAGGGUACGGGAAGAACUAGCGGCUAAAGGCAUAACCACUCGUAAAAAACGCUGCCACCGCAGAGAGGAUCACAGAUAUAAAGUCACUAACGUUUGAAAUUAUAAAAUACAUACGAAAAACAAUUGAAAUGAAGAUUAUUCUACAAAUUCGUUAUGGUUGAUCACGAAGAGACUUGUAUUUCGUCAAAUAAUAAUUGUAGUAUACAUUAAUAUAUAAGCGGACACGAUAAAAUAUAUAAGAAUGAUUUGUGAAAUAUGUGUAUCCUACAACACACCUGUUGCUCGUCAAAUCUAUUUUUGGAGGUUUUCUGCUGAUGCCUGGUAAUUAAGAUGGAAAAUUGCAUUCUUUCAUAUUAGCAUGACAUGGACUCUAUAAACACCCCAUGUGCUACAUGUUAUGCCAUUUGCAAAGCCAAUGACAAUAUAUUUUAAUUGUACCUAACUAUGUUCCCCUAGUAAUCCCCAAAACAUCUGGUAAGAUAAGUCGUACGGAAAAUGUGACACUCAUUGGACAGUACCCCGAUAUAUGAUGCUACUGAUGCG